UAGCCUCAAAAAGUAUAUAGUACUGUCAGUUGUCACGCACUCAUCGACGUAAAACGUAAUGCGUAAGCCAUAAGGAUAUCCACUAAUCAGAGUCGAUUAUUCCCCUCUAUAUUUUUCGACUGCAAGGCGUAAGAAGCCAUAGCGGUGAAAAAAAAAUUCGUAAGAAUGAAAUUCUUACGAUUUACGUCUUACGUUUUAGGUCGAUGUGCUUAGAAAAGUGUUUUUAGUUUAUAUGAAGCUCUUUCUUUUGACAAAUAAAAUUUGUAUUUUAUUAGAAAAAGAAGAAAAUUGAUUAAAUGUAAAUUAACAAGUAUUCGUUUAUGUCAUAAAGAAACAUUAAUUUUUAUCAAAGGAAAUAAUUGAGGAUUAAUAAUUGAAAGUUGAAAAAAAAUGUCGAAAAUUUUUGCUGCAAUGAUGAAUACGAGCGAAACAGAACCGGAGUUUUCGUUUGUAGACAAGGAAGCUUCGGCGAGUAUUGUUGGAAUAGUACCAAAACAUGCAGAAUCUAGUUUACGUAUAAUGGAGGAAUAUUUAGACAAGCAACAAUUAACAGAUGUUAUAUUAAUUGCAGGCAAUAAGCGUAUUCCAGCACAUCGUUUGGUACUUAGCGCUGGUUCUGAAUAUUUUGCUGCAAUGUUCACUGGUUAUCUACGAGAAUCUAAGGAACAUGAAGUUAAAUUAGUAGAAGUAGAUGGAGAUGCUUUAUGCUCAUUAGUUCGUUAUUGUUAUACCGGAUGUAUAGAGAUUAAAGAGGACAGUGUACAAACUCUUUUAGCAACAGCACAUUUAUUACAAUUGCAUCCGGUUGUCAAAGCAUGUUGUAAAUUUCUAAGAAAACAGCUUCAUCCAAGUAAUUGUUUAGGGAUACGUAUGUUUGCUGAUAUGCAAGGUUGCAUAGGUUUAUUGAAACAGGCACAUGCCUAUACAACGGAACAUUUUAUGGAAGUUAUAAAAAAUCAAGAAUUUUUAUUAUGUUCUGCCGAUCAGGUUGCAGAAUUAUUAGAGUCAAAUGAUCUCAAUGUUCCUUCAGAAGAUACCAUUUUUCAUGCUCUUACGGCUUGGCUAAAGUAUGACCUAGCAAACAGAAAAAAAGAUGCAAGUAGAUUGUUGAGUCUAGUGAAAUUGCCAUUGUUAUCACCAGCAUUUAUAACAGACCAUAUAGAAAGUAACGAAAUGUUUAAAGAUCAAAAAGGUGCACAAGAACUUAUAAUAGAAGCCUUAAAGUAUCAUCUAUUACCUGAACGCAGACCAUUAUUGCAAUCUAAUCGUACAAAACCUAGAAAAGCUACUGUUGGCGAAUUGUUAGCAGUUGGAGGAAUGGAUGCCAAGGAAGGGCCUACAUUAUCGAUAUACUCAUUUUCAUUACGUGAAAAUUCUUGGAAGUCUGUAGCUACAAUGUGGGGAAAACGUCUCCAAUUUGGUGCUGCUGUUGUUGACAGAAAAUUAAUCAUUGCUGGUGGUAGAGAUGGUUUAAAAACUUUAAAUACUGUCGAAUGUUUCGAUUUUUCUACUCGCAAUUGGAGUACUUUACCAUCAAUGAUUGUUCAUAGACAUGGAUUAGGAGUUGCAGUCUUAGGUGGACCAUUAUAUGCAGUUGGUGGUCAUGAUGGUUGGAGUUUUCUUGAAACAGUUGAAAGAUGGGAUCCAGAUACAAAACAAUGGCGUUCUAUAUCACCUAUGUCUAUACAACGUUCAACAGUUGGUGUUGCUGUAUUAAAUGACAAAUUGUAUGCUGUAGGUGGUAGGGAUAUUAGUUCAUGUUUAAAUACAGUGGAAUGUUAUGAUCCACAUACGAACAAAUGGACUGCUUGUGCUCCAAUGUCAAAACAAAGAGGUGGUGUAGGAGUAGGUGUAGUGAAUGGAUGUCUUUACGCUCUUGGUGGUCAUGAAGCACCAGCAAGUAAUCCUAAUGCUAGUAGAUUUGAUUGUGUAGAAAGAUACGAUCCCAAAACUGAUACAUGGACAAUGGUAGCACCAAUGAGUGUAGCAAGAGAUGCAGUUGGUGUUUGUGUUCUUGGAGAUAAACUUAUGGCUGUAGGUGGAUACGAUGGUCAGCAAUAUUUGACACUAGUUGAAGCAUAUGAUCCACACCUUAAUAAAUGGGAACCAGUUACACCUUUGUUAACUGGACGUGGAGGUCCUUGCGUUGUUAUCGAAAAUUCCUUAAGAGAUGUAUAAGAGAUGUAUACCUGUCAUAAAUACUCGAACGAAAUCUCUAUUACAAUCGAUACAUUCCUAUAAUAAUUUUUAAAAUUCA